AUUCCCUGUAUAUAGACCCCAGCCGGUGGCUGAAGGAACAUCUCUUCUUGGAGAGCUGAACCAAGUCCUCAUGCUGCUGUGGUCACUGUUGGUCAUCUUUGCUCCUCUCAGUGAAGAGGCAGAUUGGCUGACCCUCAAGGCUCCCUCCGUUGUCUUUGAAGGAGACAGCAUAGAUCUGAUGUGCCAGAAGAAAAAGGACUGGUGGAAAAUCCAGACCGUGGUGUAUUACAAGGAUGGAAAACAGUUACAGUUUCCAGACAAAGUCUCUAGUGUUUCUAUCCCAUGUGCCUCUCUGAGUGACAGUGGCCAGUAUUCCUGUUCUGCUACCGCCAAAACAUACUUCCUUUCGAAGUCAGAAUCUUCGAGAAGCGUCGGGAUUGAAGUAUUAGAGCUGUUUCCACGCCCUGUGCUCACUGUCAGCUCCUACUGGCCCACUGAGGGGAGCCCCGUGACCCUGACCUGUGAGACCCGGCCUUCUCCACAGAGGUCAAACGUUCAGCUCCGAUUUUGCUUCUUCAGAGACAGCAAAGCCCUGGGGUCCAGCUGGAGCAGCUCUCCAGUGCUCCGGGUCCCUGCCAUGUGGACGGAGGACUCAGGGUCCUACUGGUGCCAGGCAGAGACAGCAACUCUCAGGGUCAGAAAACAGAGCUUCCAAUCCCAGAUUCACGUACAGAGAGUGCCCGUCUCUAACGUAAGCUUAGAGAUCUGGGCCCCCAGGGGCCCGGUGAUCGAAGGAGGGAACCUGGUCCUCCUCUGCUCUGUGGCCAAAGGCACAGGAAACAUCACGUUCUCCUGGCACAGAGAGGCCACAAGAACCAGUGUGGGAAGGAAGACCCAGCGUUCCCUGUCAGCGGAGCUGGAGGUCCCAGCUGUGCAGGAGGGCGAUGCCGGCCUCUAUUACUGCAGAGCUGACAACGGCCAUGACCCCAUCCAGAGCCAGCUGCUAAGCGUCCGUGUGAGAAGUCCAGUGUCCCACCCCGUCCUCACCCUCAGGGAGCUGGGGCCCCAGGCCGUGGUGGGGGACGUGGUGGAGCUUCACUGUGAGGCCCAGAGAGGCUCUCCCCCAAUCCUGUACCAGUUUUACCAUGAGAAUGUCACCCUGGGGAACAUUUCAGCCCCCUCUGGAGGAGGAGCGUCCUUCAACCUCUCUCUGACCGCAGAGCAUUCUGGAAACUACUCCUGUGUGGCUGACAAUGGCCUGGGGGCCCAUCGCAGUGAGGUGGUACCACUCAACAUCACAGGGACCAGUGGCUGCAGAAGAAACCAUGUCACAGCCAGGGUUCUCGGGACGCUGUGUGGUGGCCUCGGUUUUAUAGCUGCUGCUCUGCUCUGUUAUUACUGGUCCCACAAGAUAGCAGGAGGAUGCUCUGCCCUGCAUGCACCCAGUUUGCUUUUUCUCAGAGACGCUUCCAGUGCAAACCCUCAAGAGUCCACCCACACCAGCUCCCUCCCAGACAUAGAGGAGCUGCAGCCAGACUAUGUCAAUGUGGGCCCUAUAGAUGUGGAUAUGGUUUAUUCCCAGGUCUGGAGCAUCCAGCCACCAGAAGACUCAGCAAACACCAGAAGGAUGAUUCUGGAGAACAAGGUGAGCUGGACUCCUGGACAGUUCCUUCCUCAUCUAGUCCCCCACCAGCCAUAGUCCUUUUCUUCCUUCUCCUGUGCAUCUCUUCUAGGACUCCCAUGUCAUCUACUCUUAUGUGAAGGAGACAU